AAUAAUUCAAUCAAGCAUGCCCAUAUCUUAACAGGAAGUAACAUUUUAGUCAAAUCUGAAUUUCUAGAUUUUCACCAUUUAGAUCCUGUUGGAAACCGUUUUUGUGAUACGGAGAGCCAAGGACUACACACUUCCAGUUUUGCAUGAUGAAAAAUAAGAGUGUUACCAUUCCAAUACUAGUUUGAGGAUAGCUGAAACUAGUGAGAGGCUUAAAGCGUUUAGAGGGAAAGAGAACAAAAACAGGAAAAAGUCAGUGACAGGUUGUCAAAUAUGGCUUCCCAAACAAAUAGUCCAUCGCGACUGCAUAAAGCAAAUGAUGUUUGUAUGAACUUUCUGGACUCCAUUCAGUCAUAUAUUGUGGAAGCUGCAUAUUUUAUGUUUUUCUUGGCACGUCACAUGUCGUUACCACUUUUCCAGGAAUACGUAAGAACGGAAACCUACAAACAGAGACAUUUAAAUCCUAGAGAUAUUGAUAUAGAUAGUAAACCUGUGAAUGAAACAGAUCAGUAUCAUGAUGCCCAGAGGGAGUCAACGGUCAGUAUACUGAGUCUCCAGAUAGCAGAGGGCUUGCCAGCCGUUAUUGCAGUAAUUAUACUAGGUGCACUCAGUGACAGGACUGGUCGUCGUAAGAUACUGUUAUGGCUUCCUGCACUUGGAAGCACUAUUUAUUGCUUGAUAUACAUUUUGAUACAGUACACCGGAUGGUCUCUAGAUGGCCUUUUCAUGGCAUCUGCAGUAAGAGGUCUGAGCGGAAGUAUGACAGCAUUUCUUGCUGGUGGAUCUUACUAUGCUAUUAACGUUGUCAAACCUCAUCAGAGGUCCAGUCGAUUGGCUCUUCAAGAACUUUUAAAUGGUGCCGCCUAUGCCCUUGCAAAUAUUAUGGCUGGGUUUUGGGUGGAAUCUAGUGGGUACCUGUUUUUGCAACCCUUCUGGUUUUGCUUUAUAUGCAGUGUAAUAUCAUUCUUGCUCUCCUUUUUCUUGGUAAAAGAGAUAGAGCCAAACAGAUCACCAAGAAGAGAUAUUUCGGGAAAUUGUUGUAUAGAUACAUUUGGACCUAUGGGCAGAUUUUUCAAAUGUAGAGGCAACUUAAAGCUUGUUCGUAUAUGGUUAGCUAUUUUAGCUUUCCAGAGCUAUGCUAUCGUGCACCUAGGCCAGAUUAAUACCCUUGUCCUGUAUCUGCUAGGCCAGCCAAUGGCUUGGCCUGUAAACAAGAUAGGCGUGUUCUUGUCUGUUGCGAUGGCAUGCGCAGCCAUAAGCACUGGUAUGGUGCCUCCAUUCCUGAGGAACUAUGUAACCGACGUACACAUUGCAUUUGCUGGAUUCUUGUCAAAAGCCCUUGGAACUAUGUGGAUUGCAGUGGUACAGAAUGAUACAGUCAUUUACUUCGGUAUAUUGCUGUUAGUGUUAGAGCUGUUACCAUUCCCAAUGAUGAGGGCAAUAGUUGCCAAAGACAUAGCACCCUCAGAGCAGGGUUCACUGUUUGCACUGAUGCAUUGUGGGGAGAGCAUAUCGUACUUCCUAGCUCCUCUGAUGUUCCAGGCAAUCUAUGCGGACACGCUUCAUUAUUAUGCAGGUUUUGUGUUCGUCAUUUCGGUCAUUCUACUUGUCAUUCCAGUAGGAUUUACUAUAGGUAUUCGUUUCAUUGAUAAGCGCUUGCCAGAAGAAGAGCCAUAUGAAACUAUGGAUGGGGAAAGUGAGCUUCUUCCAAAUGAAGCUAUACCAGAUGGUACCCAGCCUCCAAAUUCAACUGAACCAGUCACACGUGUAAUGACUACUUCUCUCAGUGGGAGCCAACCAGCCAUCAGUGUUAUAGGAGAUAAAGUUUGAUAGUUGCAAGCCUUUGUAGUUAGAGGAGUCAGUUCAACCUGUGAUGACUUGUCUCAGUGGGAACCAGCCAGCUAUUAGUGCAGUAGGAGUCCAAAGUCAUCAUUAUUACAAUUCGAGUUUUCAGUUAAUUUUGUUAUAUUGUAAUAUUGUCUGGUAAACGUAUGGUAACAUUUUGCA